CCGCCACCACGCGACGCGGUUGCUCCUUCGCGGUGCAUCGCUCUGAGCAGGAGCGGUAUACCGAGAGACCAUCCGUCAGCAUACGCGAACACUCCCCGAGAAAGCAUCACGCACGUUCGUUGUGGAAAAAAUAAAAGUCGAGCGCCGUAUCACCCGCGUCAUCACGUUGGCCGUCUCGGCCGAAAGACAGAGAGAAAGAGGGAAAGAAAGAAAAAAAAAAGCAAUAAAUAUAGCUAGUAAUAUAUAGACGAAAGCACAUGCGUCAUGUUUAAAACAAGCUCUAGGGACGCGAUGCGUCGUUCCGUUAAUUUACUCGCCAAAUUGAGCGCGGGGGAUUGCGGCUCCGUAUUAACUUUUCCGAAAACAGUAUCGCCAGUGCAAUACGAGCCACUUUGCCGGGACUGAAACGAUUGUUAAUUCCACUGAGAAUUUGAUAGCUGCGAAGAGAGCGAGUAACGCGACCCGCGAACACGAGGCAAUUAAAGGCUCAUGAAAGAUUCGUCACACUCGAAAUACUGAUACCAUCUUCAAACAUUUAUUCGACGACGUCGUACCGCCGGCCACGAGGGUCCAGCUGUUGAUUGCGUUGUUUUAAUCGUUCGGAACAAUCUUGAUCUACACGAGUGUGCUCCGAAAAUAUUUAGUUACGAUACCAGCCGGCGAGUGUCGAGAUAAUCCUGAAAUACAAUCGCUACCGUGGGGGGGACAAUCAGUUAGGGCGAUCCUGUGGGAUCAAAGGGCGGAAGCCUCGAUUGGACGUCCCCGUCGUCCAGUGCGUAAAUUGGAUGCGUCGUGCGAUACACAAAUUGGACUGGCCAUAAUGAAGAGUUUCAGCGAAACACUUUCUCGAAACGGCUGAGGAGGGCCGUCGAGAUUAAUGCAAAUCCUUGCUGCACGUUAAAAACGACAAGCUCGGCCGAGCUCGAACGAGAUAACGGAAAUAAUCGGCAAGGAGCCCGCCUGUGAAAGUUAGCAAACAGAUCGCCCCGGAAUCAAUUUCUGGUGAAACCGUGCGCGAGAGAAAUGUGGCCGGGAGAGGAAUGCCGCACAACUUUACGAUGAGGAGGAACCGGAAGAGCGCCUCGAGUCGUCACAGAAUCGACGACUGAUUAUGACGCGCGUCCGCACGCGGUGGCAUUUCUCUCGUCUCCUCCUGUUGUUCUCUUCCUCCGAAGCCCUCCAGGCACGUCACUGCCUGACCCUUCUCCUUCUCGGCCUUACCUCUCUCCGCACAGCCUUGUCGUGCGACGAGAAGACGAGGCUCCAGAGCCGUGACCUGAGCGCGCUUCCCCGUUACCUUGAAGCACGGAGAUACACGGAGCGGAGAGACCUCGACGCUCCCAAAGCGAUCCCGGAAUGGAUGCAACGCGAAAACGAAGCUUCAAGCAUGGCUGGUCAAAGUGCUAGCGAUGUGGCCAGUGACGAUCAUUUCAGUGAUUUGCUGAAAACUCGGAGUGACCGCGAUGGAUGUGUUGACGGUCAACGCGGCGUUCAAGUGCAUUCUGAAACCGCGAGCAAUUAUCCGCGACGGAAGUCUGACGGUCGAUUAAGUGAUCCCGCGAAAACUCAACAAGUUCGCAAAGCAAUCCUCUUUCCAAGUAUAAAGCAGCGUGAAGAAAUUGGGAACAAUUGGUUGCGCAGUCUGGUCAUGAAGCAACGUGGUGUGCCAAAAAAUCUUCAAGUUACUUCUCGUUACGCGGUGAAUCAGGCUGUGAAUGAAGUCCAAUUUCGCGACAGUGAUAAUGAAGCGAGCCCGACAAUUUUAGAUGGACCACGCCAAAGUGCCGGCAAUCUACCCGGGAUCUCCGUUCACGAUCGCGAUGCCGAGGACGCAUUAAUAGAGGUCCCGAUCGAUCGGUGGCAUUCGCGCGCGGCUUCGAGUGUUAGUCAUCCGAUGCGACCGACGGGGCACCGACGAGAUCGUAAUGGAGUCAGUUUCGAAGCGGUGCGAGCGGGUCUAAACGCCGAUAAUUUAUUCGCCGAAACUGCUCGUACGAAUGAACGCACGAACGGUUAUUCGGCCCAUCGAAGUUCGCACGGGAGUCGCAGGGCCUUAAGCCGACCGAAGCGGAGCGAGCGCGAUAUUGACGUUGCGGCGGAGCACCGCGACGAUUUCGCGGAUGAUCGGAGCGAACGGAGCGGGAUUGCCGGCUUCUGGGUCGCGAGGCAAACUCAUUUGAGCCGUCGCAAUAUCCACGCGCUUGAUGAUCGAAGCGAUGAUCGAUCGGCCGAGCGGCUUCAGGAGAGCGACGGUAUCGUAAUAAGUGAUGUUCGUAAUGAGUUCGCGAACGUGAACGCGAACGACUCGGACGUCAAUGCAAUCGCGAUUGAUGCAGUUGUCGAUGACUUCGACACCGUCGGCACCGUCUCAAUGGAGAACCAGGUCGAACUCGACGGAAUUUCGGAAAUCGAGAAUCGGACCGUCGCCAUCGACUCGGGGGUCGACCGCCCCUCGGAUCUCGGUGGAGCGGAAAUCCGCCCUGCGAGCUGUCGUAACGUCGCGUGCUCCGAGUCGGGCGACGACGACCCGUCGGUAAUUAGAAUAAAGAAGUUCGGCAAAGCGGAGGAAUCCAACGAGGCUCGAGAGUACGAGGACGGGGAUCGUUUUACGCGCGUAGGCGAAAUAUCGACGGCGCCUGGCAACGAUACCGAUAUCGACAUCGACAGCGAGGCGCCUUUCACCGGUUUCGAAGGUUCUCAGAAAUUUCCCGUAAAAAUCAAUCACAAGUCGCCGUCGGUGCCGUCGCAGGUCGAAAAAUUUGACAGGCGACACUUCGGCCCGCAUAAGGAGGACGUACUCGAGGAAACAUCUACAUGGUACUCGAGUACCAUGCUACCUGACCUACCGAAGAGUCCCAGCCGAGACGUGCUUCAUCGCAAGACGAACGACGAUUCUGACGACGAGGCGGACGAGGCGGACAAUAGAAGCGAGGAGACGACGGAGAUGGACGCGAAGCGGAAUGAUCCCUAUGACGAAUCGUGGUCACCCAGUACUGACGUACCGGAAGGACAUUUGUCGGAGGUCCAGUCCGGCUCCGACGAAAAACUUGCGGUGACUUCGAACAUCGCGGACAGUGAGUUCGAGAACGUGACACACGAGAAGAACGAUUCCGACAGCAGGACGGAGUUCGACGUAGCGAUAUCGAGUGCGAGACCGAUAGAGAAGAUAAAUAUAACUAUCCUCGGUCUUUUUGAGAUGACGCAUGGGACAAUGCCGAGACCGGAAGGAGCCAGCGAGCUUCAAGCGGCCAAAUUGGCGGUCCAGCGUGUCAACGAAUUGAAUAUCUUAAAGCGCUUUCGCCUGCGGCUUAUUUACAAUGAUACCAGGUGCGAUUCCGGAGUAGCCGUGGAUAGAUUCUUUCACGCUUUGUACUCGACGAGGAAGAAACACCUGAUGCCAUUCUUGCUCGGCACCGCUUGUUCCGAAGUCACCGAGACGCUGGCCAAAAUUGUGCCCUAUUGGAACGUGAUCCAGGUGUCGUUUGGCUCGACGGCACCUGCACUCUCGGAUUCCAACGAGUUUCCCCUGUUUCUGCGAACGGUCGCGCCGGAUUCGAGUCACAAUCCAGCCAGGAUAGCAUUGAUCAAACACUUCGGAUGGGACACCGUCACCGCGCUCUCGCAAACAGGCGACAUGUACUCCUUGGCAGUGAAUGAUCUGGUCACGGAACUGGAGCAGGCGAAUAUCACGUGCACCGCGACCAUCACGUUCGCCGAGAACGAUUACAAGGAGCAGCUACGGACAUUGAAGGAAUUGGACACGAGGAUCAUUAUUGGAAGUUUUUCACCGCGUUUGGCGCAACGUGUCUUCUGCGAGGCCUGGAAGCUCGGGAUGCACGGCGGCGAUUACGCGUGGAUUUUGCCAGGUGAGACCAUCGACGCCUUGGGGAUAAAGGGCGAUUGGUGGCGCGCCGGCAUCGGAGAGUGCACGACUUCCCAGCUGUCACAGACUCUGGACGGUUUAAUCAUCGUCAAGAGCCACCCCACGGUCGUCGGAAACGAGACCAGCGCGUCGGGAUUGACCAGCAAGAAGUUUACUUCGGAACUGAAUAAUACAGGCGUUGCGCACUCGAAAUUUGCCGGUCAAACUUAUGACGCCGUGUGGGCCAUGGCACUCGCUCUCGCUGAAACUGAAGUCCUCCUAAAUCGACGGAACGAGAGCAUGGUACAGUACACACACACGAGGAGGGACCUCGCCAAGCUUCUGCUGGAGCAGCUUAAGGAUUUGCGCUUCAUCGGAGUUUCGGGGCCGGUCUCCUUUGACGAUGCGGAUCGCGUUGGCAUCACGGCGUUCUAUCAGAUGCACGGACACGAUAUUAAGAGAAUAGCUAUCUACACUCCCGAAGAUGAGAAACUGAUAAUGAACUGUCCAGGAUGUGAGGCUACAAGAUGGCCCGGAGGGCAAGUACCAGCGGCUCGUAGAGUCUUCCGAUUACGAAUGGUGACAGUGGCACCUGCCGCGUUUCUCGCUAUCACCUGCAUCGCCAGCGUCGGUGUCACCUUAGCGCUCGCUUUUCUGGCCUUUAAUCUUCACUUUCGCAAGCACAAAAGCAUAAAACUGUCGAGCCCGAGGCUGAAUAACAUGGCAGCGGUUGGUUGCGGCCUGGUCUACGGUGCCGUUAUACUUUUGGGACUGGACGACGCCACGCUGCCCGACAGCGAUGGUUAUUAUCCUACAGUGUGCAAGGCAAGAGUGUAUUUGCUGUCGGCCGGCUUCUCCCUGGCUUUCGGCUCGAUGUUCACAAAGACUUAUCGGGUACACAGAAUCUUCACGAGAAGCCGAAGCGGGGUCGUCAAGAACAAGCUGCUCCAGGAUACCCAGCUGAUAUUCUUAAUCUGCAUGCUUCUGGUGAUCGACGUCGUCGUGGUGACCCUGUGGGUGAUUCUGGACCCGAUGCAACGUCACCUGCAGAAUCUUACCCUGGAGAUAAGCCCGCAGGAUCGGGGAGUGGUGUAUCAGCCCCAGGUGGAGGUGUGCCGCUCGCAGCAUACGAACGGCUGGUUAAGCGCUCUCUACGUUUACAAAGGUUUAUUACUCGUAGUCGGGGUCUACAUGGCCUGGGAAACAAGGCACGUAAAGAUUCCAGCCCUAAACGACUCGCAAUACAUCGGUAUGAGCGUGUACUUCGUAGUUAUCACGUCGGGCAUCGUCGUAGUGCUAGCCAACCUGAUGCCCGAUCGCGCGACCCUGGCCUUUGUCACGAUCACUGCCCUGAUUCUGGCCUCGACCACGGCGACCCUGGCUCUCCUCUUCCUGCCCCAACUGGCGAAUAUCCUGGCGGGGGAGAGGGCCGACCCGGUCGUGCAGAGUCUCGGUCUUAAGAUCGAGUGCAACACGCGUAGAUUCGUUACCGACGACAGAAGGGAACUGCAAUAUCGCGUGGAGGUGCAAAACCGAGUUUAUCGUCGUGAGAUGGCACAGCUGGAACUGGAAUUGGCCAGAUUAGAGAAGCAAUUGGCGCAGGAGCCGGUGGAGCCGUCGCGCACUUCAUCAAGCGCCUCGAUCCCGCAACGAAAUCCAAGUAUCGGGGGCGGUUUACCUCUAUUGUUGCUCAGUGUCCUGCCGCCGGUUAUUCCCCGAGCCAGCUGGCCCUCCGCGGAUUCGUCCGGCAUACGUCGCGGUACCGUAGCAUUUAGCAGUCAACCGGAUCUGGAGCCGGGCGAUCCCAGACAAAGCCUGGCCGACCUUUACAAGCUACACCGUCGCCGGGAGACCGAAGGCCCGAACCGGCUGGGCGUUUUUCAACGACUCUUCAGUCUCUUCGGCAGCAGGCCGAGCAGCAGGAAAACCUCCACAGCGUCGUUCGGCGGAGUCGCGUCGGCGCUUCGCGUCCAUAUGGGCUACAUCGCUGGUUUAGUGCCCGGCGCGAAAGCUGCCUCUACUUGCCAGGUGGAUGCCCAAGGCACUCACUCGCCUCACACACGAUGCGGUUCAGGACCAAUAAUUAGCAUCACUAGCGAGGAAGACCGUAGGUUGAGCCUUGGGUUACGUCGCAAGGAAAGUAGCGAGCCUAAAGUAAAUUUCAGCUUACCGCCACAGACGAGCACGAGUCAGUCGUCCUCUCGAGAGAAGAUACGCGGCUCGCCUCGGUUUCCUCAUCGAAUUAUCCCGGCGAACAGCUUAAGCGCUAUCGCACAAGGUACAUCGAUCACGAGACCGCAUCGUUGGCACUCGAUGGACGACGCGAUGAAACCAAAGGUUACCCAAACAACGUCUCGUGGCUCGUGCAGUCCCAAUUCCGACGUAUGGACCACGAGCGAGAUCAAGGUUUCUUUCGGCGAGUUGGACAGUACUGUCAGAGCCAAGAAACCACCGGACUCCUUAGCCCUGACUACCGCCGCAGACUCGAAGAUGAGUCCAGUCGAUACGAGACUGGGCAGUGAUCUGAGGAAAUUGUUCAGAGAGAACGACAGCGAAGAGACAGUUAGUCCCGCCGAACACGAACUGAAGACGACGCGGUCGAGUUCGUCGUCCUCCUCGUCCCCGAAGAUAAUCGGUGCCACUAGCCAUUCCGUACUCUUAAAGAACGAUUUCACCCCAGAGACUCGAUGCGAUACCGUUUCGAACUUCCGUCAAGAAUCGAGACCUCGUCCGACGAGCCCAGUGAUUUCGGUGGUCGACAUGGAUAACCGAGGGGAGGAAUUGAACGCUGAUGCCGACAGUCGUGUCGGUACUUCCUGCGAAAAGAAGCCAUCGACUUCUGUAACGUAAAAUAUUGUGCACGUGAUGGUAACAAAUUUGUCUAAAUGGUAUAAAGUUUAUUAAAGUUUAAGAGAGAGAGGAAAGAUAUAUCAGGGUGAAAAAACGUUGAUUUUUUCGUGUUCCACUCGCAACGCCUAAUAUUUCAAAGUCCUUCUGAAAGUGGGACAACGAUUCUAUCGAAAUUCCUAAUUACCGUAGUCGCUUAGACAAUCUAAAACAAAUUGAAAAUCUCUAUUUAGAUGUUUCGUGUGAUAGACGAAGGAAGAUUGUCAUGCAGGCGCAUGAUAAGAGAUAAUUAAAGCAAUUACGGGCGCGUUAUUGACUAGGAAUUUCGCAACAGAGUCUGUAUGCAAUAUAUGAGGAUUAUACAUAUAAUAACAAUAAAAUAUAGCACAUAUUAGGUAGUUUUAAAUUAAUAUUUCAAAAACCGGGUAGAUCUUUCGAUAGUCAAUUCACAAUUCAACGUUAAAUAAUGGCAAUGUUGUUUAUUAAUUAACGUUAUAAUUGAUUAUUUACUAAGCGUUACACAUGAUUCAAUACUGUGCAGUGGAACGCUAUAAAAUCGACACUGUCAAUGCAAUAUAGAUCACCAAAGACAAUAUAGACACCCGGCUCAACUUGUCGCGAGAGUUGACUUUAUUCGUGCUCAAAUCAAUAAGCGAAACAGUGUGCGUCAUGAUCGUGCGGAGACUCCACAAAGUGUCGUACGUGUAAAUAUAUAGGUUUCUUGUUCGCGUAAAUGCCCAAAUGCGAGGAUCAUGGACCAAUCGCAAUGUAUAAUCUCAAAUAUGUGUGUUCGCUAGUAACUGUGCCAAAAAAAAAAGAAAAAAGAAAAGCAAAUUUUAAGACCCGUAAGAGUAUACGUUUGUCUUGAAGGAUUAUAAAAGGGACCAAUGCUUACGAUAUCCUUCUCAAUAUUAUUUUGUGAUGAAAUGAGUUCGGUAAUCUUGGCCCUAAAUGUAAGUUGCAUCGUAAAAAAAAUAUUGUUUUCGAAAGUACUUACAUUAAAGUUUUAUCUUGCGCGAUAACACGAUCAACAAGAAUAAUGGAGAUCAAAAAGGGGAACUUUAGUAUCACUUUAAAAUACUUGAUUUAUAAUCGAUAACAUAUUCAUUGGCUAUUUGAAAAUAGAAUACUUUUGCAACUAUAAAACUCUAAGUAUUUCAGAGAAGACAAACUGUAAAUACCCUUACGGGACUGCAAUCAAAGUGUUCAGUGCCCCAAACCUUGUCUCUAGUACCUGCGCUCAUGUGCAAUGAAAUAUAUAUCUGCUCGAAGUAAAAGCGAUUUAAAAUAAGAAUGCCAUGUUUUGUUUGUAACAUGCGUGAACGUACCGAUAUUUUCAUGCCACCGAGUAUUAAACGUAUAAACGUAUAAAUAUGUAGAUAAGGCAAAUGGUGAGGAGACAUAUUUCUGCGAAAAGGUUUCCUUCCGAAGUCUUGCUAUCCGACUGGUUUAACUCGGAUAUCUCGAUGUGUCAAUCAAUAAAAAACUUUAUCGAUUAAGCAAUAAUCAGCAUUGUCUGUGCAAAUAAGAGAAUGAUGUAAUAAAGAACUCUAUAUAUAUAUGUAUAUAUA